AUGAAAAUACUAUGUGUGGCAGAAAAGCCCUCGAUUUCAAAGGCAGUGGCGAAAACGCUUAGCGCAGACAACACCAGAACGCGUAAAACCAAGGCCAAGUAUAUCAUGAACUAUGACUUCAAGUUCAAUUUCCCAGGGUAUGGCUUAUGUGAUGUGACCAUGACCUCUGUGUUGGGACAUAUAACCAAUGUGGACUUCCCUCCGAGUUUCUCGUGGGGAAAAUGUCCUCCAGGUCGUUUGUUAGAGGCACCAGUUCUUGAGAUUGUGUCUCAGAAAGAUGUGUAUGGUAAUAUUGCCCAGGAGGCAAGAAAUGCCAACAUCUUAAUGAUAUGGACCGAUUGUGAUCGUGAAGGGGAGUUCAUUGGCUGGGAGAUCCUACAGGCAGCACGUCUGACAAAUACAAACUUAACUGCAGACAAUGUUUGGCGAAGUCAAUUUUCACAUUUAGAACGUACACAUGUACUUCAAGCAGCCAAGAACCCAGUAAAAUUAGAUGUGAAUGCCGUGAAGGCUGUUAGUUGUAGAAUGGAGUUGGAUCUUCGAGUUGGUGCAAGUUUCACGCGACUUUUGACCGAUUUGUUCCGUAAAAGUACCGUGGUUCAAUUAGAUAAGGGGAGUAAUCUUAUUUCAUAUGGUACAUGUCAAUUCCCCACCCUUGGAUUCAUUGUCGAUAGGUAUAAUAGAGUUAAGAAUUUUGUAUCUGAACCUUUCUGGUUUCUUUGUGUUGAUGUGAAACGAGAUAAUCAAACUGUUCAAUUCACUUGGACAGAGGGCCAUUUUUUCGACCGAUUAUACGUUCUAUUAUUAUACCAGAAUUGUCUUAAGUCUGACCAAGGUCAAGUGACAAAUGUUAUUCGGAAACCCACCAGUAAUUGGAGACCAUUGCCAUUGACUACAGUAGAAUUACAAAAGGAUUGUGCUCGAAUAUUUAAAAUGAGUUCUAAAGAUGCGCUUGAUGCAGCAGAAAAAUUAUAUAAUAAGGGAUUUUUGUCAUAUCCAAGAACGGAAACUGAUCAAUUCCCCGCUACAAUGGACUUGAAAGAGCUCGUUCAGAAGCAAACACAAGAUUCAAGGUGGGGACAAUAUUCACAAAGUUUACUUGAUGGACAAUUCAAACAACCUCGUGGUGGUAAUAGAGAUGAUAAAGCGCAUCCUCCAAUUCACCCUGUUAAUUAUGUCAAUACAUCAUCAUUGGACAACGAUAAACAGAAAAAAGUUUAUGAAUAUGUGGUUAGAAGGUUCCUAGCUUGUUGUUCCGAAGAUGCAAAGGGUGAACAAACUACAGUCACUUUACAAUGGGGGGAUGAGAAUUUCACUGCCAAUGGUCUUACUGUGAUUGCGCGUAAUUAUUUGGAUAUAUAUCCAUACCGUAAAUGGGAAUCAAGUAAACAACUUCCUAAAUUUGAUCAAGGUGAAGUCAUUAAAAUCAAUGGUGGUCGCAUGAAAGAUGGGAAAACAUCACCACCAAGUCAUAUGACCGAACCAGAACUCAUUGCAUUAAUGGAUGUAAAUGGGAUAGGAACAGAUGCAACGAUUGCCGAACAUAUUCAUAAAAUCAUCACUAGAGGAUAUGUGGUCAAAAUCAAACAACGAGGUUCGGAAUUUAUCAUUCCUUCAGAACUUGGAAUGGGUCUUAUAGAAGGUUUCGACAGGAUCGAAUUUGAAAACAUAUCUCUUUCUAAACCAUUUUUAAGAAAGAGAUUAGAAAACUCAUUACAGGAUAUUGUAGAUGGAAGAACUACAAAGGAGGUUGUGUUACUGGAAGUUAUUCAAUUGUAUCGCCAAGCAUUUGUACAGAGUGCUCAAAAUGGAACAACGUUGAUUCAAGCCUGCAAGGAAAUUAUUGAGGCAAACAAGUCAUAA